AUGAAGUUAACUCUGGACACUGGAGCUCCCCCUAGUGGCACUCUGCAGCAGGUGGUGCAAGGUGGCGCUUACCCUGCACAGUCUCUACUCUACCUUCUAUUUGCGAUUACCACUGUUUCUGCUUUCAACAUGGUGAACCUGGCCAAAGCCUCCAUGGCUCUGAGGGGACUGCUUACUCUGGACCCUGCAGCCCAGGCCCCCCUCUUGUACUUUGCGGCUCUCAUCUUGACUCUGAGUCAGCAGAUGACCAGUGAUCGCAUCCAUCUCUACCACACUGCCAAUGAAACACUCUGGCCUCCUGGAUCAGAGCAGCAGCUUCUGAAGCCCUGGAUCGUGGUGAACCUGGUGGUGGCUCUGCUGGUGGGUUUGGCCUGGGUGUUCAUCUCCACCCGGCCUGACAUGGACUACACCGAGGAGUUCCUGAUGGCGAUGGAGGAUUACAGACAUGAUGACAAGCUGGAUAUCCCAACCUGAGGUCAUCACUGAAGACUUUUGAUCUUCUUCCAGACCUCUUCAGCAUUCAUGUCAAGGGGAUUAUUUUGUACAGAUAACAUGUGAAUAGAUUAUAGCUGUGGCUAUUUUUUUAUUAAGAGAAAUAAAGUCAGUUGUGGAAAUUUUUUCAUUUGUCUGUCAGUGUUUGGAGUGUAACCUCACACUGUGGGAGAGCUACCCAAGCUGAAGGCUGAACCACUUGGAGCACUGAACCAACAAACCAGUGAACGAAGGACUGAAUGAAUGUUUAACUGCAGAUUAAAGAGUUUCAUUAAAAAAUGAUAUGUUGUCGGGCAGGGUAGCCCUCAUUGUAAAACGUGUCAUGCCUGUCCUAAGACAUGUCCUGUCUUAUUAG